UGAUGAAGAACAUUCCCAAAAAAUUUCAUCAAAAAAUUCCACCGGGAAGUGCCCGAAAUGCCCUCGGCCGGACGGCGGUUCCCGUCAGGCUGGCUGGACAUGAAAAGUCCUCCUGUAUAUACUACGUAUAUGUUAAAGUGAUGUAUGUGACUGUUAAUUUUCGUAUGCAUCAGUCUAUUGUUUUAUUCUUUGAACUUAAAUUCAGUUUUGAAAUGAAUCCUUUUGUCCGCAUUUUCGUUCAUCAAGAUAAAGUAUAAGUGUUUAAUUCUUCCAGAAUGUGCAGAGUACAAUCUGCAAGAAAUGUAUAUAAUUGUGUUGCUUUCUUUUAUUGAUUAAGAACAUCGAUAUAAACACAUAAAUGAAGCACUAGUUGGGUUUUUGGACCUGCAAUUUUUGUUUUCCAGAAUGAAUAAUAUCAUUCCAAAACGCAAGAAUUUGAUAGAUUUGACCAUAUGCAAGAUGCUUAAAACAUAGUCCAUGAUUUAGGACUACUACUGCAUCAAAUUCAAUUUGCUUCCAUAUUCAAAGUUGUAAUAUGGAUUAUUGAUAAACUUAAUGUCAAAUUCAAUCAGCCAAAUGGAAGAUUAUUGAUUUUGACUAUCUGAAACGAUUAUAUUAGUUUUCUUUUAACAAACCCAAAGGUGUGUUAUUUGAUAACUUGUAUAAUGAAAUUUAAGCAUAAACAAAUGUUUUAUAUUUCUGCCCAAAGGUGAUACUGAUAUGUGACACAAUUUGCAGCCUAAAUUUUAACUUCAAUAUCAUAAUGUUUGAUAGUUAGCAUUAGCCAACGCAUUGUUAGUUAUUAAACACGAUAUGAAAUUUUCCUAUUAUUUGGUGUUGAUAAUAGGCUUAUUUACUCAUGAUUGAUCCAAACUUUGAUAAGGGGAUAUAUAUAAAUUCCCUUAUAUAUAUAUUUUAAAUAGCUUCUAUUAUUGCCUCUGUUAAAAUUUUUAUUUUAGCAUCUACUGUUACCCCAUACAAUUAUGGGAUAGAACCUCUAAAUGGUACAAACUUUUCAACAUGAAGAGAAUCUGUAAAACUCUCCCUUGGCAUGAUAGACCUCGACCAAUGCAAGCGCUAAGAAUUGACCCACCAGAUGCUCCUAACGCUGAAAGCACUAUUGAGCAGAAGUGUUAUUAUGAACAGUGGAAGAGGUCCAACCGAAUGUGCCUCAUGGUGAUUAAGAAUUCCAUAUUAGUAUCUAUUCGCGGAGUGAUUCCCGACUCUGAAAAUGCGAAAACCUACCUAGAAUAUGUGGAAGAACAGUUUAAGGGCGCCUCUAAAGCACAUGCUAGUACCCUGAUUCUCAAAAUUUUGACUAAUAAGUACGAUGGAGUGAGUGGUAUUCGUGAGCACAUCAUGAAAAUGUCUGAUAUGUCUAACAAGCUCAAAAGUAUGGACAUGGAGAUUAGUGAAGGUUUUCUCGUUCAUUUCAUAAUGACUUCUCUACCUGCGUCUUAUGGUCCGUUCAAGAUCAGAUCAAUUACAACACGCCGAAAGAGAAGUGGACCAUGAGCAAGUUGAUUGCCAUGUGCGUUCAAGAAGAAGAAUGCCUAAAAGUUGAAAAACCAGAUGUUGCUCAUCUUACCAUCACAAACUCAAGGAAAAGGAAAGGCAACCGUCAAGGAUCGGAGGAGAAAAAUGUAACAUGUCUAAGGUCCCAAACAUAGGUGCAAGCGUGAGCUCCGAUCCCUACUGUAAAUUUUGUCGUAUCAAAAGGCAUUACCAGAGGCCGGGAGUGUCCUAAGUUUAAGACAUGGCUGACUAAGAAAGGGAUUCCAUUCAAUCCGGACAUUGGGAAGAAAGCAAAGAGUGAUUAAGGUGGGCAAUGAAGAAGAAUUAGAAGUAGAGGCCAUUGGAUCUAUCUCAUUAAUUUUAGAGAGUGGCUUCAUUCUUCAUCUCUGUGAUGCUCUUUAUGUACCUAAUAUUACUCGUAAUUUAGUGUCUGUAUUGAAACUAAGUGUUGAUGGUUUUACAUUUAAUUUCGUAUACAAUAAAGUGACAAUAAGCUUGAACUCAAAUGUAAUAGGAUUUGGUAGCAUGGAGGGAAACCUCUAUAAAUUAUGCUUAGAUACUAAUUUUAUGGAA